UUUUGACUUGUUGGCGAUCAAGAAGUGAUCGGUCUGGAAACAGUUUCUUUUAAGUUUUUAUCAUCAAUAGUUCGUGAUAUGAAGUGGCUAUUAAGCUUUCUUGUUCUCGGUUUCAAUUUGUUAUCGUUUGCUCAGCAUAUUACUUUAGAAAUUCCACAGCAUCAUGUCAACGAAGCAACAGAAUCAGAAGAGUCAUCAUUUACAACUUAUAUAACAAAGAAAUACUUCUUCGUGACAUUUUUCAAGGCAAAUUUCUUUCGAGCUCAUCAAUAUUGCCAACUCAAUAACAUGGAACUUUUAACCAUCGACUCAAAGGAAGAGGAGAGUGUUUUCAUGAAUUUAAUUAAUGCCAAAGAUUUUGAGUUUAAAACAGCGAAAGAUUUUUGGACGAGUGGCAAUGACUUAGGUGAGGAAGGCAAAUUUUACUUUCUCACAAAUGGGAAAUCUGUUGGAAAAUUAAACUGGGCUAAAAAUGAGCCCAACAAUGGUCGAAGAGCUGACAGCAAUGAAACUGAAAAUUGUAUGGGAUACACAAUGACAGAGAAUCUAAAAUUUUACCGACUUUUCGAUCGAUUUUGUUCCAUCAAAUCGAAUUUCAUUUGUCAAAGCAUUGAGUAGACAUUGUGGAGAUUCUCUGAAUUUUACAACAUCAGAAUAAUGCAACAAAUGAACUUUUAUUCAAAAAUUACUUUUAGCAAUAAAUAAAAUAAUUUCUAUCAGUGCAACUUUAAGCGUUGCAACUUUUUGGUUGUCUCAUUUAGAAAACAUAAAGAAACAAAUUGUGAUUGUAUUCAUUUCAAUAUUUUAUGCACAGCUUUAUUUGUAUACCUAUAUG